CCCAGACUCAUUCAGGACUACAUUUCCCAUAAGCUCUUGAGUCCGCCUUCGACGAGACUCCCCACGUUUCGGCGAUUCAGAAUUGGCGGGGAUGGAGUUUUUAUAGAGUCUCCUGCUCAGGCUCUCUAAGAACAGGGAGAAGUUAAAGGUUAUUGGGGAACAGAUGGUGUUUGGUUACAUGAGAUUGUCUCCACGGCCAUUGCUGUGGAGCGAUGACCAUGAGGUUGCAGGGAGUGUGAAAAACUGCAGGCUCUCUGAGAACAUUUCAUCUGAUGACAUGCUUGAGUUGGGAAACCAAUUCUCCCACUUCAUUAAUAAUAAUGUUGAUGUUCCUGGCAGUGUUUAUACCAAAUGCUGCUUUGACCUUUGCACCUUGGCACACAACAGUAGCCUAUAUUUGCCAUUUUGUCUUCUUGACAUAGAAAGAGCAUGGGAACUGAAGGUUGUUUCAAGGUUGGAAGACAAAGACUUCUAUGGUACUGCCAACAAAAGGAAAAGGUCUUUGAGUUCUGAUGAUUUAAUUGAUCUUCAGUGCCUUAAGGCCAUCCUCUCCUGAAGGAAGAAGUGAGGGGUUAUGUAACAUCUGAACUCCUCAUCAAAAAAGACAGGAAAAUGUCACCUUUCCUGCUGAAGAACUAGAAAAGUACUUUCAAAAGAAUAAACACCUACAAUUCAAGUUAACUCAAGGACAACUAGGAUUGCACCUCAUAGAAAAGAAUGGGAACUUGUCAAUGCAACAAUACACUCUUACACUCUUCUGUCCCUUUUAAUGUAAAGGGAGUUCUAAAAACCACUUCAAAAUGAAGGCUCCUAUGUGAGCUGAUAGCAGUGAACUAUGUAAGGGUUUUAAAACAAUGGUUUAAAGUUUUAGAUUUUAAAGAUAACCUUUCCGUUUCUUUUAUACUUUUCUUUCCCCCAAUAUUGCUGCAUAUGCAUUUAGCAUCAUAUUACCAUUAAAACAUAGGACUCUUAACAACUCAUAAAGCCACUAGGAGCAGAUGCAGCAUUGUCAGGUACUGAAGGGGCUCUUCCUUCCUACUCUUGGAAUCAAAGCUACUAGUUACUGGCAAUCAUUUUAAGCAAAAGCUUCUGGAUAACAUUUGCCAUUCAUAUCCUCUGUAAGCACUUCUUAUUAGCAGUUAGUAUGUUUGGGGUCAUAAAAAGAGAAAAUAUUGGUUAUUGAUUAUCUACUUUUAUUAGGGUCUGUGGUGUAUUUCUUGUGAAGUAUAAUGGUUCUCAUUUGCUGAUAAAUUUUCUUAUUUUUUAAAUAAAGGUAUUAAAAGAUAUUUUCAUAGUGCCAAGCAACAUGGUGAUCCAGUGGUAAUAAAAAAUGAUAAAACAUGAGGUGUUCUGAAAGUUUCAGGACAGUUUUUAGCUUUAACAUAGUAUGCUUGUGCCCUCCAGAGCACUGCAGCAUACAUAUGUAGGCUAUAAACCUUUACAAAAUAUCAUUUGAAAUUUUAGUUGUAUUUCUUCUUCUUUUUUUUUUUAAAUAGAUGUUGUCUCAGUAUGUUACCCAAUGUAUAGUGCAAUGAUUAUUCAGAGGCACAGUCGUAGCAUACCACAGCCUGGAAAUCCUGGCCUCAAGCAAUCCUCCCAUGUCAGCUUAGCAAGCAGCUGGGACUAUGGGUGUGUACUACCACCUCUGGCUUCAUUUUGCAGCAUUUGAAUAUUAAGCAUUUAACUUUUUGUCUCAUCAAUACCUGCUAUCUUCAAGAAGGACUGAAACAAAAAAUUAAAAGGUUAAUAUUCAGGAGCUAGGCAUGCCUAUAGUCCCAGCUACUCAUAAGGCUUAAAUGGCAGGAUCACUUGAGGCCUAGCAUUGGAGGCUGCAGUGUGCUGUGAUUGUGCCUGGAAAUAGCCAUUGCACUCCAGCCUUGGCAACAUACUGAGGCCCUGUCACUCUAAAAAAUGGCAAAACUAAAUAAAUGUAAAAGAAAUAUAACAAACCUUUCAGUGAUGCUUUGUAAAUGUUUGUAGCAUUGAUACUUCUACAAGUAUCAAAGCUUAAAAUUACACUAAGCCUUUUGGAAUUGUUGUAUUUUUAUAAAGCGCCCUUUUCUCUUUUAAAGUAGUUCUUUGCAGGGCUUUCAUCUGCAUUGAUCACCAAAAAUUAUUUUCUCUAGAUGUGAUACAGAAUAGGAUCAGUUUUAAUGCACAUGUAACAAAUUUGAAGGAAUUGGACCUUAAUAGUAGUAGAUGAUCUAAUACAUUUUAUUAUCCCGCAUGUUAACCUGGAGGCAGGUAUCAUAUUUUAUGUCCAUAAACCUUAGGAAACUUACCUCCUAAAAAAAUGAUCAUUUAUGGAGUGCAGAGCUUAGAGAUUGAAGUAUUGACUGCAGUUUUAUUUUCAAAAAGUAAAUGCUACAAUUUAUGUGGUUUUUAUUUCUCAUGUUUACAUUAAAAGAAAGCCUAAUAAACU